CCCCCCCCUGCGGUGCUCGGCGGUGGCGACGAGCUGAGGUGAUUCCGAGCACACCGAGGGAGGCUCAGCGAGAGUAAACAAACAGGACAUCGCAAUCGAAAACACUCGCCGAGAUGGGGAACCGGGGCAUGGAGGAUCUGAUCCCCCUGGUGAACCGCAUGCAGGAUGCCUUUUCCGCCAUCGGCCAGAACGCCAACCUUGACCUGCCUCAGAUUGCGGUGGUGGGUGGACAGAGUGCGGGGAAGAGCUCGGUGCUGGAGAACUUCGUGGGGAGAGAUUUCCUUCCACGCGGUUCUGGCAUUGUGACUCGUCGACCUUUGGUCCUGCAACUGAUGAACUGUCCCACAGAGUAUGCCGAGUUCCUCCACUGUAAGGGCAAAAAGUUCACAGAUUUCGAUGAGGUUCGACAGGAGAUUGAGGGUGAGACUGACCGCAUGACGGGCGCCAACAAGGGCAUCUCGCCCGUUCCCAUCAACCUGCGGGUUUACUCCCCCCAUGUGCUCAACCUGACACUGGUGGACCUCCCGGGCAUGACCAAGGUGCCCGUGGGCGACCAGCCAGCCGACAUCGAGGCUCAGAUUCGAGAAAUGUUGAUGCAGUUCGUCACCAAGGACAACUGCCUGAUGCUCGCCGUCUCGCCGGCUAACUCAGAUUUGGCCAACUCGGAUGCUUUGAAGAUUGCCAAAGAGGUCGACCCUCAGGGUAUGAGGACCAUCGGUGUGAUCACCAAACUGGACCUUAUGGACGAGGGGACGGAUGCCAAGGACAUACUGGAAAAUAAAUUGCUUCCGCUCCGAAGAGGUUACAUUGGCGUCGUGAACAGGAGCCAAAAAGACAUAGAUGGCAAGAAAGACAUCAGUGCUGCCUUGGCCGCCGAGAGAAAGUUCUUUCUGUCCCACCCCGCCUACAGGCACCUGGCCGAACGUAUGGGCACGGCCUACCUGCAGAAAAUCCUCAAUCAGCAACUCACCAACCACAUCCGGGACACGCUGCCGGCUCUGAGGGCCAAGUUGCAGAGUCAGCUCCUCUCCAUCGAGAAGGAAGUGGAGGAGUACAAGAACUUCAGGCCAGACGAUCCGUCCCGCAAGACCAAAGCUCUGCUCCAGAUGGUGCAGCAGUUCUCCGUUGACUUUGAGAAGUGCAUCGAAGGCUCCGGGGACCAAAUCGACACGGCCGAGCUGUCCGGCGGCGCCAAAAUCAACCGCAUCUUCCACGAGCGCUUCCCGUUCGAGCUGGUCAAGAUGGAGUUCGACGAGAAGGAGCUCCGCAAGGAGAUCAGCUACGCCAUCAAGAACAUUCACGGCAUCAGGACGGGUCUGUUCACCCCUGACCUGGCCUUCGAGACUAUAGUGAAAAAGCAGAUCCAAACACUGAAGGAGCCCACUCUGAAGUGUAUAGAUAUGGUUACGAGCGAACUCACCUUCACCAUACAAAGGUGUAGUCAAAAGCUGGCUCAGUACCCGAUGCUGAGAGAAGAGAUGGAGAGAAUCGUCACUCAGCAUAUCAGAGACAGAGAGAACCGCACUAAAGGCCAGGUGCUGUUGCUGAUCGACAUCGAGUUGUCGUACAUGAACACCAACCACGAGGACUUUAUCGGCUUCGCCAAUGCUCAGCAGAGGAUCAGCCAGAUGAAUAAGAAGAAAGUGGCCGGCAACCAGGAUGAGAUCAUGCCGGAGAGAGGAGUUAACGAUCGGUUCAAGGUGAUUCGAAAGGGAUGGCUGACCAUCAACAACAUCAGCAUCAUGAAGGGCGGAGCCAAGGAGUACUGGUUUGUCCUCACCGCUGAGUCUAUGUCCUGGUACAAGGAUGACGAGGAGAAGGAGAAGAAGUACAUGAUGCAGGUGGACAACUUGAGACUGCGGGACGUGGAGAAAGGCUUCAUGUCCAGCAAGCACAUUUUCGCCCUCUUCAACACCGAACAAAGGAAUGUGUACAAGGACUACCGUCAGCUGGAGUUGGCCUGUGAGAGUCAGGAAGACGUGGACGCGUGGAAGGCCUCUUUCCUCCGAGCCGGCGUGUACCCUGAACGCGUCACGGACAAGGAAGGCAAGAGCGAUGGAGGCGACGAAAAUGGCUCGGACAACUUUAUGAACAGCAUGGACCCUCAGCUGGAGCGGCAGGUGGAGACCAUCCGCAACCUGGUGGACUCCUACAUGGCCAUCGUCAACAAAACAGUCCGCGACUUGAUGCCAAAGACCAUCAUGCACCUCAUGAUUAAUAACUGUAAGGAGUUCAUAAACGCCGAGCUGCUGGCCCAGUUGUACUCGUGCGGGGAUCAGAACACUCUGAUGGAGGAGUCCCAGGAGCAGGCACAGCACCGUGACGAGAUGCUGCGCAUGUACCACGCCUUGCGUGAGGCGCUCAGCAUCAUCGGCGACAUCAGCACGACCACCGUUACCACCGCCAUGCCGCCGCCUGUGGACGACUCCUGGCUGCAGGUUCAGCGGAGCGGAUCCGGUGGAAGGUCUCCGGCUACCAGUCCCACUCCCAACCGCAGGGCGCCACCGGGCCCCCCUGCUCGCCCUGGUUCCCGCGGGCCUCCUCCCGCCGGUGGACCCCCGGUGCCCUCUCGCCCCGGGGCUUCUCCGGACCCUUACAGUGGACCCCCGCCCACCGUGCCCUCCCGGCCUAACCGUGCACCCCCAAGCGUGCCCAGUCGGAGACCCCCGCCUUCUCCGACCCACUAGACCGGCAACCUUCCUCCUUCCCUUCCUCUCCAUCCACCCCUACGACGCCACAGGGCAACAGCGCCACCUUCCUGCAGCGACUCCUACCUUUCUGCAAGGCCGACCCCUGACCCUCGACCCCACGCCAUCCCUCCCCCCCACACAACAUGCAUGAUAGACCUCUGAAUAUACAUACUGUACAAAUACAGUAUAUUACUUCUGUAAGACACCAAGGAGGGAAUAUUUGACACAUGCAUAUGUCUGAAAUGUAAGGUUAACUUUAUUUAUGACACUGGAAGCGUUUCCACGGGGAUACAUUUUAUUUAAUAUAAUAGAAUGCCAUUAAAUAAUGAAAAAUGCUGUUAAUUGCAAAAGUCAUCAAAUAUGUUAGUCAUGAAAUAAAUAAGUUAGUUAUGACAAAGAUCAUUAAUCCAUUAAUUUACUAUGAUUAUCUAAGGUUCCAUUUCACAGUUUACAUUUUUUUAAGGACAAUUAAUUGCAUUAUUUCAGAUGCUAAUUAAUUAAAAAACAUGUUUAAAAAAAAAUUCAUAUAGAACAUUUUCAUCAACUAUUAUUUUACAAAAAAUGUAUUAUUAUUGAUUAAUUUAUGCUUUUCUUCCUGUUUUUGGUACUUAAAUAAAUGAAGUAUAUAUUGGUCAUGAAACAAAUCAAUGAGAAAGAUAAUAAAAUGAGGCUACUAUAAUUACUGUAUUUUAUGUAAAAUACACUGAAAUAUUUCCCAUUUUUAUUCAUUAAUAUAUAUCCUAAUGACAUGUUGAUUAUUGAUUUAGUCGUCUAUUUUCGCCCCUUUUUAUGGUUUGAAUAAAUUCAGAAAGUAAUUAAAUAAAUCAUUUUAAAAUGAGAUUUCAUUCGUUUGAAAUAUUUUAUGUAAAAUACACAAAAAUAUCACACAUUUUUAUUAAUUAAUUUAUAUCACAAUGACAUGUUGAUUAUGGAUUUAGCCGU